AUGACCAACAGCUCGACCUGCACCGAACCAGACCUCAAGCCCUACUACGCCAUCACCUACACCUGCAUCCUGGUGCCUGGGCUGAUAGGAAACACCUUAGCUCUGUGGGUCUUCUAUGGCUACAUGAAAGAGACCAAGAGGGCUGUGAUAUUUAUGAUCAACUUGGCCAUCGCCGACUUAGCGCAGGUCUUGUCCUUGCCCCUGAGGAUCUUCUACUACCUGACGGGGACGUGGGAAUUUGGAGGAGGUCUCUGCAUGCUUUGCUUCUACCUGAAGUACGUCAACAUGUACGCCAGCAUCUACUUCUUGGUGUGCAUCAGCGUGCGGCGCUGCCUGUUCCUGCUGCACCCCUUCAGAGUCAGCGACUGCAAGCGCCUCUGCGACAUCUACGUCAGCCUGGCCGGCUGGGUGGUGGUCUGCGUGGGCUGCUUGCCGUUCCCGCUCCUCAGGCUCCACACCAACGCCACCAACACCUGCUUCGUGGAUCUCCCCGUGCGGCAGGUUGACCUUUCCGUCUCCGUGGUGAUGAUGACCGGCGGAGAGCUGCUGGGCUUCGUGACGCCCCUCCUCAUCAUCCUCUACUGCUCCUGGAAGACUGCCUUAUCCCUGAAAGAAAAGAAUUCUGCUUCCCGUGACCUCGGAGAGAAAAGAAAGGCUUUAAAGAUGAUUCUCACCUGCGCCCUGGUGUUUCUGAUCUGCUUCGCCCCAUACCACAUCAGCUUCCCCUUGGAUUUCUUUGUCAAAACCAAGAUGAUCAGGAACGAGUGUGUCCAGAAGGUGAUCUCGGUGUUCCAUGCCAUAGCUUUGUGCCUGGCCAGCCUCAACUCCUGCGUGGACCCUGUCAUCUACUACUUUACUACAGAUGAGUUCAGGAGACGUCUUUCCAGGCAGGACUUGCAAGACAGCAUUCAGCUCCACAGCCUUGGUUACGUGAGGAAGACUUCCAGGGACAUGCUGAGGAAGGAUGCCACGGACUGCUAG